UCUGCGCAGUGUAGCUCCGUGUAGAUCAGCGAGCAGACACAGCAGCCUUCACCGCCCUGCAGCCUCCACACAGCGGACCCUGGACUCUGGAUAUCGGCCUGUUUUUUACUGCGGAAACAAACACAAAGCUUCGUGAAAAACAGCACUGAUAAGAUUUUUUUUUUUUUUUUUACCUGUUCUGAGUGGAUCAGUUUCAGAGCAGAUGUCAGCGCAGCCUGAAGACAUCUCAAUCUAACAUCACCCUGCUGGAGUAACACGUUGUUGUGUUGAUGCUGUCAGAUUGUUUUUUCUCUCCUGGCGCAGUACAACUCAGCUCAAGUAACAGAGGAUGCUAUACAGUCUUUUAGGAAGUGACAAUCUACAGCCAACUAGGAGGACGUAAGCUUUGUCCUGCGGAAUUUUAAGGAGUAAACACAGUAAAACAAUGGAUGAAGGCGCGGCCACAGAGACCAUCCCUGAUCUGAAAGACAUAGAGGUGAAAAUUGGCCGGAAGACCCCCGAGGGUUUGCUCAGGUGGAUGCGGGAAGAGGCUUCCUCUCUCCGGGGAGACGCCAAGCUGACCACGGUGAAUGAAACCAUCAAGGAGACGGGGAAGAAGAGUCUGGAUGAGAAGAUCAGGAAACUGAAGAUGGAGAUGGCUCACUUGCGCUCUGUGGAUGUGAAGAUUUUGCAGCAGUUGUUGGCGGUCCAUGAAGGCAUUGAGGCGGUGAAAUGGCUUCUAGAGGAGCGCAGCACCCUGACGAGCCGCUGCAGCAGCCUCACCAGCAGUCAGUACAGCCUGGGCGAGGGCCCUGACACCUCCUGGAGGGGCUCUUGGAGCAGCCUACAGGAUCCCAACGACAAGCUGGACAACAUCUCCAUAGGCAGCUAUCUGGACACGCUGGCAGAUGACAUGGACGAGUACUGCCCUUCUAGCUCAGAGUCAGUCAUCUGCUCCACCACACCCCUGGUGUCAGAGGUUACUGUUGGGGGCCGCACAGGUCCAACAGUCACUGCAGCUGGGCUAGGAUCUGGAGUAGUGGGUAGGUCUGGUUCUGGUGGUGGAGGUGGGUCUCGGCCUACAGAAAGUGGAACUGUUGUUGGAAAUGGGACAGAGGUGAAUGGUGAGUCAGGGACUGGUGUUCCCAGUAAAGUUACUGGAAAUGGAACAGUAAAAUCACCAGUCAGCUCUCCUCAAGCCAAGUCUGAGGGCCCCAAACAAGACACUCCAGUGUGGGCCAAGGCUGCAGAGACCGGCAAAGGAAGCCCCGUUUCAAAGGGCAGCACCCAAACACCUAAGGUUAAUGGUGUCCUGGAGAAACCAACUGUGCAAACUGGCAGCCCAACCCGCACCAGCCGCAGUGAGAAACUGGGAACCAGCCCAAGCCCAAAACUUAAACAGUACAAAAACGGGAAGAUCGACUUGGAUACAUGCAAAAUGAAUGGUAAAAUGCAUUUGGAGUAUGAUGCACACUGGCGGUGGGUGCAGUCGCAAGAAGAUGUGACGUUUUUGUGAGAAGGAUGGUAACAGAGAGGGGCUGGAGUCACUGUGGAACAGCCUCUCUGUUAAAUCAAAGACCAGACCACUGAAAGAACAAACUGCUGUUUUGAAAUGCACAUAGUGAGGCUUUUCUUGGCGAACAACACUGGGUUGGAAAGACAAAAAAGUAUGCUUUUGUCUCACGUUCCCUCCUGUGAUGGCACUAACUCUAUGAAACAUUGAUGUCAGUAUUAAGGUGGAUGCACAUAACAGGAUUUUGACCAUAUCCAGCCGUCACAGGCUGCCUCAAACAAACCUAGGAAAAUGUAUUUCAAAAUCCUGUCAUACCUUUUCUCAGGGCCUUCCUUGGCAUUCCCUGAUUUCCCUUGUUUCUCUUUUUCUAUUACUUUUCCUUUCCAAGCACAGAAAGAUGAUCUGGUAGAGAGCUAACAUUUUCAGGUUGCUUGUCCCAGUAAAUAAACCAUUGUCGCUUAGAAGGUUUGAAUCCUGAUUUGACCAUUUUGCCAAAAAUAUGAAUUCCCAAAAAUCCUGUACUGACAGUACAUCCACAAGUAAAACACAGCAGAGAUUUCUGACCCUGCCUUGAAGAAUAUUACUCUUCGACCCAAAAAUCAACAGCUGACAUCCCUGAUACGGCUCAAUUGUAAGCCUAUUUUUUGCAUUUAAAUCAUCAGAUGACCAAAAUUUCCCUUAUCAACAUGUGUUUAGGCAACAAGUUAAAUACGCUGUAUAUCCCAUUUAACCAAGGCAAUGUAACAAAAAUGAGGUUGUGAAAGUAUUACCCAAAAAGUGUAAAAGAGUUCUUAUCCUAAGCCCUCAAAUACCCGUGUUUUGUCAGAUCUGUUUGGUUUACUUGACGGGUUAUGGAACAUCCUCAGACUGAUGAAGUUUGAAAAUGUGAGAGGAAACAGCAUGGUAUGACUAUAAUCCUGGUGAAUUACUUCAGGUUGUAGGGUUGUCGGGAAAUAAGAGGGGGAUCUGGCUGCAGACCACAGAUCUCUGAUGCCACCUCUUGCAGAUACCUGCUGUAAGACGUCACCUCAGUCAGAACGGAAGGGACGUAACUUUUUUUCAUCCUUAUUCAUAAGCAAAGUCUGGCAGUUUCAUUAAUGGAAUAACCACAAUGCAAACAUGACAGAAUAAGCAGCAUGUCAAAUAUAAAACAGAGAGAAGGUCCAAUGUCUCCUCUGUGAUUAAAUUAUAUGUCCACCUCAUCCCUGUGGUGUCUACUGGUAGGAAUGUGGGUGGAACUUCAGGUACAGUAAUGAUAAUAGCAAAAAUCCCCAUCACUUACUAAAGUGACUUGGCCAAUGGCGUUUUUUUAAAAAGAAAUACAUCUUCUAUUUUGUAAGAACUGCUACAUUACUUUUAAAGUCAAGCAUCCAUCUAAAUGUUAUUAUAAUCUUGAAGUAAUAAGUUAUAUCUUCUGUAAUGCCUGGUACCUGUUGCUCUGUGCCUGGUACCCAAGAGUUAACCAAGUGAAUCAAUGAUAUUGAUGUAAUUCACACAUUUCAAGAGGGAUUAAUUAGUGUAAUAAAAUUUAAGCAAACUAAAGAGAGACAUGUUAAAGCUCUAACUUGGUUCUGCAUCUUCUUUUAAGUAUACAAAGUUGUGUCAAAACUUUUUUGACUUAACAUAGUCGUCCUUAUUACUGUGCAAAUACUGAUACGAACCUAAUAAAGUUAGCUAACUAUGAAUGUGUAUGUUUUCAGAGCUAAUUUCUUCAUUUUGUCCUCUCCUGUAGAAGGUGGAUUAAUGUCAUCCAGUUUGAGUUCUAAGAGAUGAUGAGAUACAUAUUUUAACCUCCAAAUCGCUCAUAUAAUCACGAUUAGCAUCACGUUACUAUGCAAAGUCCUGCUUGGGCAGAAAGGAUCGAAAAUCGCACCCACAUUUCACAAAAAAUAUCACUGGGGCUGGGAAUAAGGUGGAUGGACCUGUUAUAGAAGCAGUUACGUGAAGAGUGGCUCGCUUUUACUACUCGCUAGGUACGUCACUACGUAUGCCAAUUGCGCUAUGUUAGCAUGAGCUAACACAGCUAAAGCAUCCACUGUUGGCAUAACUACUUCUAAAAGGGUUCUUGCUUAACAAACAGCAUAAACUAAAAACUAACGUGGCUUCAUUUGCUUUGGCUAUGUUAGUUAUGUAGCUACAUUAUCUACGUGGCUAACAUAGCGUUGUUUGCUUAAGCUUAAGCUACAUUAGUUAUGUGACUAAGGUACCUACAUAGUUGUGUUAUCUUUCAGUUUGGCUAUGUUUAUGAAGCUGUGUUAUCUACAUAGCUAAUGUAGCUCAGUAUGUUUUAGAUUUUAGCUAUGUUAGUUAUGUAGCUACAUUAUCUAUGUAGCCACGGUAGCUAUGUUAGCUUUUGAUUAAGCUUUAUUAUUUAUGUAGCUGCAUUACAUACAUAGUUUGAGCAGUUGUGUUAGCUAUACAUUUCGCUACCAUAUCUAUGUAGCUUACGUAGCUCCAUUAGCUUUAGCCUCAGCUGUGUUAGAGUGUUUACAUGGAGGACAAUCUUUUUCUCCUGUAAGCAUACCAUUGACUUUAUUUACCUUUUGCAAUCUGUUUUUUCAGGUCAGGUUUUUGACUUUUUACUAAUUUAACCCUUACCCUAACCUUAACUGGAAGUUUGAUCCAGUUAUUUUCAAAGUGUUAGUGUGUAUUCUUGUCCUGACAGAUGCUGCGUCUCACUGUAGCGGUUUGCAAAGGGAGGGCAUCUGAGAUCUAUGGUCUGCAGUCAGUCAGUCUUGAAGAAAAAGGACUGACCUUUUCAACCAAUCCAGUAUGUUUUAAAAAAAAAUCCAAUGGCGCUGGUAUUUGAUGAUAUUGGAAUAAGAACCUGCUUGCUUUAAAAGACCUUAUUGUGAAAUUUUUGGCAUGUUUGUCCCUAAACUCAUAGCUACAAGCAGUUAAGAAUGUGAUAAAGAUGAGUAGGUAAAAGUUUCCCCUUUGUGGGGAUCAAUGUACCCACUGUUAGCAUUUGUGUCUCUGUAAAGCUAAUCCCUUCAGUGCUUAACCAACCCUUUGCAAUAUUGUAUAUUCACUGAAUUGCAAUACAGCUAGUCUGUGAAUCAGGUACUAUUUGUGACUGGUUGUAGGCUGAUAUUGAAUAUGGCUGGGUUUUGUUUCUGUUUCACCUUUACAGUUCUGUACUCGUUUUUAUGAACAGAUGUUGUGCCUGGUUGGUGUAAACCUUAACUGUAUAUGCCUGAACGUUUUCCUUCUAAACUGCACUGUUGAUAGGAUAAUCUGAGAUUUUGAAGUGAUUUUAUUUGUAGUAUUUUUGGCUUCUACUGGCCUCGGCUUGCGUGUACAAAUGGCUAGACCAACAGUCUGUGUGCUCUUGCCAUGUGAGUGUUGACUUUAAAUGUUGGCUGGGUUGAAUAUUGCAUGCCCUGUGCUGAGAGCUUUAUUGGUUAAAAUGAUGAGUAAUGCCUGAAAGACCUGACACAAUCAGAGCAGCAAAGCAAUAUUUCUUGAAUCCUCUCUACCAGCUUACAUAAGCAGCCUCUGCUCAGCAAAUGAAAUCAAAUAAUAUUGCCUGUUUUUCAGGAUUUUAAAGACUACUGACAGGGCGGGGGUGUAUGUUUGUGUUUGUGUGUUUCACAGUGUGUUUCACAGUGUGUGCUAAGGACAGAUGCCGGCUACCUGCCUGAGCACAGCUGGCCUGUCAGGUUUGGAUAAGAAUAGAUGAGUCCCAAAGGCUUUGGUGCAUUUUCAGCUAUUUAUCACAGUGAUACUCCAUCUCCCACCAGUCUGCAGUUUGAAAUGUUAAUAUUGCAACACUUUGGAUAAUAGGAGGGAACAUGUUACAUAAUCAGAAUUACAAAUUUGCUUUUUCCUCUCUCUCCUGGCCUUCUGAAAAAGGUCAAAUCAUUAAAUGGCACAAAAUCUAACAAGAUUUUAAAUAAGCACUACAAUACAAUACAUGAUUUUUGAUACUGCAGCCAAAAUGCUACUCAAAACAAAUACAUGUAGUAGUAAGUCAGUCAAAAAGCACCAAAAUGUAGAGGAUUUUAACUCUCUACAUCUAAAGGGGACCUGGUUCAUUUUUCCACGGUUGCUUAUCUUACUAGUUUAUUUACACUGUUGGAGACCUUUCCUCAACGUCUGUAGUUUGUCACUUCACAACUGUCAAGCUUUCUGUUUCAUAACAGCAAAUAUGAUCUGCUAAUGUUAGCAGAGACACAGAUUUAAAACUCAAAAUCUCUUACCUUUUCCCCAAAACAGACUUUGAUUUCAUGUGGGUAUACCAGGAUGUGGGCUUUCAUGUUAUGCUGAUGACACCUGACUGUACAAAUGUAACGAGAAGUAUAGUUAAUAGCAGAUUUAAUCAGCUCUACUGUAACAAUUACAGUUACAUCCUCAGCUAUCUUUUAAUAGUUUAAGUUCAUCAAUAUUAAUCCAAAGAACAGUUUUGUAAAAGAUAUUUCAAAUACGCACAUACUGAAUAAUCACAUACUGAUGUGCUGUGCUGGAAGAAUAAAAACAAGUGUGAAGUUAUUUCAUUCUGGUCAAGGUCAGACAGCUUAGAUUAGAUAUUUAUAUUUCAAGUCUAAGGCCAAGGUCAGACUACAUGUUUUCAGCAUCUUGACCUCACAGUUGCAGGGUUCUGUGCCAUGUAUGCCUGAAAUCUAUCAUCUUCAUGUCAUGUCAUAGUUAAUGGCAAUCAAGAAUACAUCUAAGACACCUAAAGACCUCCUGAUGGAAAGUCUAACAUGUUUGAUUUUUGUCCUGCCCUCUACAAUUUGUCCCGUGACAUCAGUGACAUUUAGAGUGUGGAGCGUUCUGCAUGUGCCAAAAUCACACAUGUAAACAAAACAAAUGGCAAUGCGAAAGAAAAGUGAAUCAAAGCUUACAUUAAAACUAAAGAUGACGUUGCUAUAUUGGCUUAUGUAGUAACGUUAACUACGUAGCUAGUGUAGCUAGUGAAAUACUGAAGUUAUUUCCUUCAGCAAUCCAUGAAGUGAACAUGUCCGACACCAUAACAGCUUAAACGUCAUAAAAUGAAAGUUGAGAGCUGCACUGUAGGAAUUUGUCACGUUAAAAAUAAGAUAGAGGUUUAACUUGGGUUAGAAUCAAUCUGGAUUAGAAAGACAGUUGGGGGACGUUGACCUUGUUGUGAAAUGUGCUCUGAAUUUUACAGUUAAGCUCAGUUAGAAAACAAAUAUGAAACACUGAAAUAAGGAGAAAUAACUGAUCUAGAGCUCUGUAUUAACAAACUUUCAAUGUUAAUUCAGUUUUACAUCCAGCACUGAUGAACCAGGCUGAUAUGUGCUUUCAGGCUCAGCUUCAUAUCCAUGUAAAACUCAAUUUAUGAGCACAUAUUGUCAACAGUCCACCAUGUCUUUAGGAAAUGGUAUGGAUCUCUGUUGAGUCCAAGUAUCCCUAACAUAAGCAGAUACUAUUAUCUGAUUUCAUCCAUUCCCCACUGAUCAGACAGCGAUCUUUUAGAACGUUAUGCCGGCCAGCCCAGUUGUGUUGCACACUGAGCGUGACGUCUAUAAGGAAAUUUUAUCUUUAAAGGCAGCUAAAGUAAGAUGUUAAACUCUCGAUCUCCAUUUUUCAGAGCAGUAGGUGCUGCCUCUUGUCCCUCUGCCCUUCUUUUCCUCCUACUUUCCGUCGCCACUCUGGUUGGAUGGAAAACUUCCUCCUCUGCCAACACUCACAUCAUGCGCACACACAAUGCCCUCUCACUGGAGACAGCAACAUAAAGCAGGCACCACAGACGCUACUGCAGGCCAGUGGAGGAGAUGGGUGAGGAAAAUGUGGCCAGACUGGACCCUGAACUCUUGGACAAGUUAGAAGUCUGCAUCCUCUGUUAUCCCUCUAAACCUUGUUAAAUGCAGAAGAAGAGGUAAAAGUGUGUCAGCCAUGGUGAAUGUCACGAAGCCAUUUGAGACCUCCUUCCCUUUAUAACAUACGUGUUGGCUGUAAAAUGAAGUUGCAUGCCAGAGAGACAGUCUGCUCUGCUAGUUUGUGGUUUCCCAAAUUCUGCAGAGCCGUAUGGAAAAAAGCCCAACUUUUUAGAGCAGGGAACAAACCUGUAAAACACAUCACAUUAAGCUAUAUUGUGCUAAACCAUAGCUUAAUGUUGUAAUGAGUUUUCACUGGGCACAUACGGUUUAAAAUGGGAAUAUAAACAUUGUUUUAAAGCGCUGACUGGUGGAGAUUUAAUGAGGUCUGACAGUCGAGGUGCCAGGAGAAAUCGCCUGUGGCCUCAUUGUUUAUGAAAAGGGUUAUAACUGCUGUGAGCAUGCAGAGGAAUGGAUGUUGUAUGAACUGGCAGCCUGCAGAAAAUACCUGAAAGCCUCCUCUCGCUGUGCAGAUUUUAUUUUAGCGCACUAUAAAGGUUGACACAAGCUUGAAAUUCUUCUGUUUUAUCCUUUUAUGAUGUCCAGGAUUUAUCAGAUGCCCAGUGCGUGAUGUGUUUGCCUUCGCUUCAGGUGCCAGGAACCCUCCCGGCUAUUCUGGGCACAAGACAAACAGCGUGAUUACAUAGACGAGUGGAUAUCCACAAGGUUGCCAUGACGAUGAGACCUGGCUGGUUUUUCAGCUCUAGUGGCCAUAAAACGAUGUUUAGUGCAGCACUGGUGGAAGUAAAAGCAGGGCUUUUUGAAUGACAGCAGGUGAAGAGAUGGGAUGUGCUGCGUUUUAAGAGUCAGUGUAAGUAAAACUAGACUUAUGUUAACACUUUUACAAGCCUGUAUGAAAGUUUUUAGCCACACCUGAUUAUUGAAUCUAGGUGUCUAAAAUCGAGCACCUAGCAACACCAUAUUAAAGUACACAAAUUUACAAUAAUAAUACCGUUUCAUUACAGUCCCUGUUGGUGUAAUGGUCAGGCAGCCAAAUAUGUUUGUCCAUGUCGUGUAUUUCACCUCUUUCCAGCAAGGCACCCUCUUUAAAGGGCUCUAAAUUUCAUGUUAUUUAGUUUUUUUGGAUCCCCAUUAGCAACAACAAAGGUGGGAACUACUCUUCUAGUGGUCCGAACAUAAAAGCACUAAAAAUCUGAGUUACGAUAGUUAAAUUGCAAGACAAAAUAGAAACAGCAAUAAUAAAAGUCAUAAUUAAAAUAUCAGUAAAUUUAACAGCACAAUAACAGUUAAAACAGAAAUCUACAAGGCCAAGAUGGAACCCAUGGUUCAAAGAAAUGUAUGCUGGUCAAAUGUAAAUCAGUAGGUAAUCAGAGCUGGUAUAUACCACCUCUUCUUAUCCAGCAGGCUCAUGCAUGCUCUGAGAAAUUUGUAUCCAUAAACACCUCCAAUGAACUCUAUACAGUAACACAUCCCUUUUAAAAAUCACGUAAAUAUUUUAACUCCCAGGAAUAAUGGCAAUGAAAGCAAAGGUAGUCUUAGAUACUGCACAUACGGUGUCAUCAGUUCACUGGCACUAAUAAUCAAGCAGUGACAUUCUCCAAACAGAGAUAUUUAUAAAGGGUACAGUCUGACCCAAACAGAUCAGCACGCUCUGCUAAGAGGAGCUGCCUAUGUAGCGCAUGGUUUGCCAAAUCUUUCAGCAUCGAUCAGACAUCGUGUUUAAUUCAAACAACACAACAGUUUUUCCGUUAAAGAAAAACUGAAUCAAGCAUGGAUAAUGAAAUUAAUCAGUGCAUGCCUUGGCACUCAUAUUGCUUUUUUUUUAAAUGUAUUUUUAAUGUUCUACCACUAGAUCCUGUGUGUAAGCAUGGUUGAAGCUGUGCUUCUGUCUUCACUCAUUCUAAACUAAAACUAACCUCACAAAGCUGAUGAGCCGGCCAGAUUCCACGUCUGUCAACAGUCAUAUCUAUCAUGUAAAGCUUUAUGCUGAUGGUCAGAGACCAAUCAGCCUCAUUUUGAGGAGAAAGAGGUGGUAGAUACAAGAGGGGUUUAUGCCCUGUUUACACAACAACUUUUUCGAGUGAAAACGCAAAAGUUUUGUAGCAUUUGCGUCCAUUUACACGGCAACGGCGUUUUGAUGCCUGAAAACUGAACUUUGUGGAAAUGGGCCCCAGAGUGGAAGCUUCUCAAAAUACCCUUGUCUCCGUCUCUGUGUGAACAGGAAAACCGGCACUUUCUGAAAACAGACAUGCGCACUGUGGCUGCAGUAAAUAGCCAUGCGUGAGUAGGCUUAUAACGCAUGCGCAGAUGGGAAGCCCAAAACAAAACAAAGAUGGCCAACACCAUUGUACUGUUCAUGCUCCUUACUCUUUUGAGUUUAACUGUACUUCUCCAACAAAGUGCUAAUUUACUUCACCAUCACUUGGAUCAGCGGAGACAUAUUUCGUGCCUGCACCAGAUUCUGACUCGACCCAUACGCUGUCGAAAGGCAGCCCGAAGGCGAUAUUGGACAAGACCGGACCACACCGCCAUCUACUGGCCUGACAUGUAUACUACAUCAUUUUUGGUGUUUCCUGCAGUCUUGCGUGAACGGAGAUCGUUCUGAAAACGUUGCCGUCUGAACGUGGAACUUUUUGGAAACAAAAACGAAAGCAAAACGUCGUAUAACAGCGGCCUUAGUUGCACUGCAAAAGCAUGUAAACAAAGGCAGCAAGUGAAGAUAUUAGCAUGAAUGCAGCUAUUUUGCUAGUUUUUUUCAGAGCUGGAUAGCAUCUUUAGAGUAAAGAGCUUCGCUGAAAGCUUUUCCUGAUGUUAAAGCUGCUUUUACUCUUCUGUCUGCUCCAGCAAGAGUUUGAAUUACCAACUGGCUCCACUCAUAAUAAGGAGUUGUGUACUGACAUGAUAGCCACUGCCUGUUGAGCUUGCACUAUGUUGUUUACUCCCCGAGAGCGCACGCCUCGAGCUGUUGCCAAGAUGGAUGUGACAUUAAUCCCAUGCCACUGAUCUGUGAAACAAAGUGAAAAGUCUAAGUUUAUAAAUUCCACACUUUGGGAAUGAUCUUAUGCACUCAUUAAGCACAGAUCUGUGAGUAUGCACUGUUUAUACGUAAAUGAAGGCCCAGAUCUGGACCGUACUCUGUAUUAUAUUAUCUUCACAGACCCAACAUUAAUCCACCAUGAGGAAAGCUCUAGGUAACAUUUAUCUGAGUUACAGCAGCAAGGAAAUCUUUCUUGUAAUAGGCAGAAACCGCGAGCAAAUCCAGACCCAUGUUGAGAAGCUGUCUGCCUUGACUAUGUUGAACUUGCAGAAAGAAAGAUUUUUGGGCAACUUUUUAAAAAUUUCAUUAGUCUACAGCUCGGCCUCCCUCUCUAAAUGCUCUCCUCCUUUGCCAUCUAAAACACAGACACACUGCUUGUAUCUCCAUGGAGGCAGAAUAGAGGGACAAACAGAGCAGCAUAGCACACAGCAUGCAGCAAAGAGGAAGCUUCCACCCCCGGUGUCCUGCUGUUUUCUUCCUUCCUCUUCUACAUACACAAACAUACACUCAAGCACAAUCCAUCCGGGGACUGACGUGAGGUCUCAAGGUACCUGACAGCUCCUCCAAGAGAGUCAUUAAGCUUUUCCUCUCCUUGAAUCUUGCUUGUAUUCUACCUUUUUGUUACCGUCCCAAAAAGCUCAAAGAAAUGGACGUGGAUUGAAAUAAACCCCACUGAGUGCACACUGGGCUCUGAACAAGGUCCAAAAUUUAACACAAAGCUUUGAGGAUGGGGAGAUGAAAGCCAGCGACUGCAGUUCACUGGAUCAGUUAAAUCAAUAACCUGCUUGAGUGAGUGGAAUUGUUUUUAUUUCCAUGGUACGAUGCUCUAUAGUUAUUUUGUUAUGCAAUGUGUCCAGAGAAAAAUGUUAUUUUUUCUUUGUGAAGUGGAAAACGUUCAAGAAAUAACUGAUUAUGUGAACUAAUGUGGAGAAAAAUAUUAUGCAGUAUGUAAAUUAUACAAGCGUAUCCAAUGAUUAAAGAUAUUUUAAAUGUU